CAUCGAUGGCAUUCUCAACCCUCAGCUAUCUAGCCCCUUCUGGAACAUUAUCUUGAGGUCGUGAUGAUGGUGGUGAUGGUGGUGAUGAUGAUAAUGGUGGGAUCUCUCUUCAUCUUUACAACAGAGGUUGAUGCCGCCUUGGUCUGCACUACUCCUUUCAGCGACAAGUUCAAGGACGUUUCCGCGUCCCCCGGCGGGAUCCUCAUCGGCGUUGGGAGCGACAGAGACGUCAAAAUCUGGUCCAGUUGCUCUUGGCGAUCGAUGGGGGCGAUGUUUGAUCGGAUAUCGAUCGGUGGCCGAGGUCGGGGUGCCGCAACGUCGAGUGGAGACCUCUACGCAUGGGCGAGAACCGACGACUGGAACGUGUACUACUACCACGGAUACGCGUGGUACCAUGUGAUGGUUGGCGUACAGUCAUUCACGGGCGGAGCCCCGGGCUACAUCUACGCCACCGGUGAAAGGGACGGCUAUUUCAGCGUCAUCUGUGACAGGGCGCCCGCGCCUGGCGAGCACCCGUCCCGGAUUACGACCUCGAAAAGUCUCUUGAAUAUCAUCGCCAGCGUCUACGCCGUAGGCUGCUCGCCCAACGAAUGCUGGGCCUGCGACUCCUCAUCCCGUAUGUGGCAUAAGCCCAACGUUGACUGCGCCAACACGACGUGGGUGAGGGGUCCAGACCCUCCGGCUUUAGCCAAGAAAAUAGAGGUGGACUCCGCGGGUGGAGUCUACCUCCUCGGAAUCGAUGCACGACUCUACUACAGGGCUGUGAAUGGCGCGGCGUGGACUGAGCCAAUUCCCGGUGGAUACUUCUUGUCCAUCACUGUACACGAAUCUAACCUUAUCGUCCUAGACGCCUACGGGGCCAUGAAGAUAUGCAAACUGUGACACCAUUAUUCGCUCACCCACUCACCUGUUCGCUCCCUUACCCACCAACUCACCCACCCACUCACCCACCCUCUCACCCACCCUCUCACUCAUAUACCCACCCAUGCACCCACCCACUCACUCAACCACCCACUCAUACACCCACCCACUCACUCACCCACCCACUCUCUCACCCAUUCAUUAUCUCACCCACUCACCUAUCCACUCAUCCACCCACUCUCUCAACCACUCACCCAUUCACCCACCCACUCACUCACAAACUCACCUGCCCACUCAUUCACUUACCCACUCACUCCCCCACUCAUUCACUCACCCAUCCACCCACUCACACACCCAUUCACCCGCUCACCCACCCACUCACCCACUCACUCGCCCUCCCACUCACCCACCUAGGUGAUAGAUACGUGGUGGUGGUGAGCCUUUAAUUGUUGUUGUGUUUUGAGAUUAAAUGUAACGAAAUAAGAACAUUCAACAAAGAGUGUAAUCUACGGAACUUCAAUGGACAGUCAUUCAGCAGCCUUUACAGAGACACCUCGAUAUACCAAGAUGUUAUCUGCCUCGUCUGGUAUGCCAGAGGUCUUGGGAGAUGGUGGUGAUGGUGGUGGUGACGGGGGUAAUGGCGAUGGUGGUUGUGAUGGUGGUGGUCGUAGUCAUGGUGGUGGUAGGUGAUGUGGAUGGUGGUGAUGGUGGCGGGGAUCGUGGUGAUGGUGGUGGUGAUGGUGGUGGUGAUGGCGAUGGUGGUGAUGGGGGUGAUGGGGAUGGUAAAAAUGAAAUGAGAAAAUAAAAAAAUACGUAAAAUGUGUUAAUGUAGUUAAUUAAGUGUGAUUAACAAAAAAUAGGCAUUAGGUGUAAUUAAUAAUGUUGAAGUAUGGGAAUUGACGGCAGGAACUUCU